GUCACCCCAUAUGUAUAAUUCAGCUGGCCUGUGACAACUUUUGUCUGAGUGAAUUUGGAAAUGGGAAGACAGAGUUUACCUCCUUCAUGGCUUAUUUUCUACUCCUUUUAGCCAUGACUACUGAGGAUGCUUCUCUUCUCCAAAAGAAGAGCACAGAAGAAAUGGAACCUACUGUUGAGCUCCUUCCUGUUGAGUUCCAGGAGUUGAUGACAGUCAAAGAUGAGGAAAUGGACUUUACCCAUGUGGAGCUGGAACAGCUGAAUUCUGCCCAAAGGUACACGGGCAUGGAUAUGAAGGUGGAGAAUUGUGGGAGCCUGGUAUUUUGGGAUUCUGAAUGUAUGCCUGAAACUACAGAGUUCCUUUCACAGCAGGAAGUUUAUGAAGAAGUAUCUGAAAGGGAGCUGAUAAUAGAAAGACUUAAAAAGGAUGAUUGCUGGGGCUCCACAUUGAUAGAAUCUUGGGAACAUGAAGACAUGUUAGAAAGGCAGCAAGAAAAUCAGAAGAAUGAUUUAAGACAAGUUGUAAUUAAACACAAGAAAAACCCUAUGGAGCAUUAUAAUGAAACUGGGGAAAGUUCAAACCCAAUUAAGCAUUCAAAAGCUUACCUAGUGAAAAAGCCAUGGGAGUGCAAUGCAUGUGGGAAGUCCUUCAGUUACUACUCAGCCUUUAUCCUACAUCAGAGAAUUCAUACUGGAGAGAAACCCUAUGUAUGUAAUGAAUGUGGAAAGGCCUUUAGUCGGAGCUCAUCUCUCAUUCAGCAUCAGAGAAUUCACACUGGAGAGAAACCCUAUGAAUGUAAUGAAUGUGGGAAAGCUUUCAGUCACCGUUCAGCCCUUAUUCAACAUCAUAUCAUUCACACUGGAGAAAAGCCCUAUGAGUGCAAUGAAUGUGGGAAGGCCUUCAACCAAAGUACAUACCUCAUUCAGCAUCACAGAAUACACACUGGAGAGAAACCAUAUAAAUGCAAGGAAUGUGGGAAAGCUUUCAAUGACACCUCAUCUCUCAUUAAACAUCAGAGGGUUCAUACUGGAGAAAAACCCUAUGGAUGUAAAGAGUGUGGGAAAGCCUUUAGUGAUCGGUCAGGACUUACUCAACAUCAGAGAACUCAUACAGGGGAAAAGCCUUAUGAAUGUAGUGAAUGUGGGAAAGCUUUCAGUUACUGUUCGGCUCUUAUUCAACAUCAAGGAACCCAUACUGGGGAGAAACCUUACAAAUGUAACGAAUGUGGGAAAGCCUUCAGUGACCGCUCUGCUCUUGUGAGACAUCAGAGAAUUCAUACUGGAGAAAGACCUUACAAAUGUAAAGAAUGUGAGAAAGCCUUCAGCCAGAGCUCAUCCCUUACAAAGCAUCUGAGAACUCAUACCGGAGAGAAACCCUAUAAAUGCCCUGAUUGUGACAAAGCCUUCAGCCAGAGUUCAUCUCUUAUUCAACAUCAGAAAAUUCAUAGAGGAGAAAAAUCAUACAAGUGUAAGAAAUGUGAGAAAAUCUUCACUGUCCGUUCAGCCUUUCAUCAACAUAAAGAAAUUCAUGAAAAAUAG